GAAAUUUGGAAGGGAUACUCACGGGACGGGCGUAGAGAGAUUAACUGAAGCCCCUGGAAGAUAUUUAAUCGGGGAGCCAUGUUUCCGGCGUGGAAUCGAAUCGUUAUCCCUCCCAAUGGCGCGGAAGCAUCAUUUCUCGCUCCGACCUGCGAAAUAAUUCUCCUCAGGUGUGCACGGACCAGCGACGAGAGCCGCAUUAACUUACAUAAGCAACUUCCCAUCAAGGUAGCCGCUUCACGUGUUUUGGCGCGUCACUCAUGCGGCAACGACGUGUCGUAAGGUCAAGGAAAUUAUUUCAACAAUCUUCAUCGUCUGUGUUUUGUGGCAUACUGAGCCUGCCCUCCUUCCUUAGGGCCAUUUGGACCUUUUCUAGUCUGGUGGAUAUAAUUGGAUUUUUUUUGAUAUACAUUGAAUGACAAUGCCUGCGGACAUAAGGAGCUUUUUUGGCGGCAGCGGGAGGCAGCCGACCAGUUCUAGCAAAACAAAAACACCUGCCAAAAAGCCAGAGGAUGCAUCAUCCUCGAGAAAACGACGUAGUAGAAAGGUAGUAGAAGAUAGUGAUGAGGAUGAAGAUCUUGAACAGGCUCCUCCACCAAAACCCCAGCCAAAGAAAAAACACAAGCCCGAAGAACCCAAAGGUGAACCCACGACGACAUCUGCUUAUUUCGCAUCGUCCAAAAAGAACAAAACCCAACAUAAAGAGAAUGAAUCUGGUGAAACAAAACAGGCCAGGGCAGAUGCUACUCCGGAAGUCAAGACAAAUUCUAAACCCAAAUCGGAAAGGAAUGAACAUAUAGAUAUUCCCGUUCGCAGCUCACCCUCAACGCGGAAGACGCAACCAAAGCAUAAAUCCGCUAAAACUGCUCAAAUCAUCGACGAUGAAGACGACCUUGGUGCAGAUGAUAUUUUCGCAACCGGUUAUCGAAACCCAAGGAAGGGUGGAGACGACGACUAUGUGGAGGGGGACGACAGCGAUUUUGAGGACAUAGAAGUGGAACCACCAAAGGCUGCAUCGUCCAAGUCAAAGCCAGCCAGAACUACCCCACGUACCAGACGUGAGAAUAGAAUAAAGGCUACGGAAUCACCGUCUCGAAAUGUACGAAAACGUAAGUCGGAGGCAUUAGGUGUGGAUGAAGAGAGCGAUGACUACAUCGAUACGAAAAGAAAACCAUCCCGUGCCCAGGCCCAAAAAAGCCUUUCCAAAUCUGCAGUGAAGAAAACAAAAGCAACGAAAACGGACCGGCCAGAAAACAAGGGCAUCCAGGAUAUCUUUGACAGCAUUCCGAUGGUGCGCCCGCCAUCUCCUCCGGCCGCAGAUGGCACUAAGAAAUUCAAUUUCGCCCAACGUUCUAGAGACCCUGUUACAUCUGACACAAAAGAAUUGCCCGUUGGCGCAGAAAAUUGUCUGGCAGGCCUGUCGUUUGUCUUCACCGGUGUACUUGAUACGUUAGGCCGAGAAGAAGGCCAAUCGUUAGUGAAACGAUAUGGUGGAAAAGUUACUUCAGGACCAAGCUCUAAAACCAGCUAUGUCGUACUGGGCAAUGAUGCAGGGCCUAAAAAGCUAGAAACUAUCCGGAAGUUCGGGCUCAAAACCAUAAAUGAAGAUGGGCUAUUCGAAUUGAUCAGAAGGCUUCCCGCAAAUGGAGGAGAUGGCAAGGCUGCUGAACAACACGCAGCGAAGAAGAAGCUGGAAGAGCAAAGAAUCAAGGACAUGGCGGCAGAGAUAGACCGUGAAGAAAAGAAGAGGGCUGCGGCUUCUAUGGCAUCCACAAGCAAGACCACGAACGGGGCAAGUAAGCCAGCGCCUGCCGCAGUUGACAGUCGACUUUGGACCUCGAGGUACGCACCUACAUCACUUAGCAUGAUAUGCGGUAAUAAAGGUGCCGUGGAAAAACUUCAAUCUUGGCUUCGGAACUGGAGAAACAGUGCAAUGGCGGAUUUUAAAAAGGGAGGGAAAGAUGGCACAGGUUUGUAUCGUGCCGUCAUGAUACACGGCCCACCCGGUAUCGGGAAAACAACAGCUGCACAUCUUGUAGCAAAGCUUGAGAACUAUGAUGUUGUUGAAAGCAAUGCAAGUGAUACUAGAAGCAAAAGCCUUGUUGAAACAGGCCUUCAGGGGGUGCUGGAUACUACUUCUCUCCAAGGUUACUUCUCUGGGGAAGGGAAGAGGGUGGAGAGCGGCAAAAAGAAUUUGGUUCUUAUCAUGGAUGAAGUAGAUGGGAUGUCGGCUGGAGACCGUGGUGGUGUUGGAGCCCUCGCUGCAGUGGCCAAGAAGACUCGAAUCCCGAUGAUACUAAUUUGCAACGAACGAAGACUUCCCAAAAUGAGACCUUUCGACUCCGUCACAUUCGACCUACAAUUCAGGCGCCCUACUGUGGAACAGAUCCGUGCGCGGCUAUCUACUAUCUGUUAUCGCGAGGGAUUAAAAAUAACACCGCAGGUCCUCGACAAUCUAAUCCAGGGCACCCACGCCGAUAUCAGACAAGUAAUAAAUAUGUUGUCUACUGCGAAGCUUGACCAACAAGCCCUUGAUUACGACCAAGGCAAGCAAAUGUCUAAGGCCUGGGAAAAACACGUUAUCCUAAAACCAUGGGACAUUGUUAGCAAGAUCCUGAGUGCUCAAAUGUUCUCUCAAAGUUCACAAACGUCUCUGAAUGAAAAGGUCGAACUUUACUUUAACGAUCACGAAUUCAGUUACCUAAUGUUGCAGGAGAAUUAUCUCAAUACGAAGCCAUCAGCAGCGAACUCAUACCAAGGCAGAGAGCAGAAGUUCAAGUUGUUGGAGUUGGCCGACAAUGCUGCUCAGAGUAUAAGUGAUGGUGACCUAGUGGAUCGAAUGAUUCAUGGAACUCAGCAGCAAUGGAGUUUGAUGCCCACCCAUGCCGUAUUCAGCUUUGUCCGACCUGCUAGCUUCGUUGCUGGAAACAUGACACGGCAGCCGGCAUUCACAAGCUGGCUCGGUAACAAUAGCAAGCAAGGCAAGAUGGCACGUCAGAUCAAAGAAAUACAGGGACACAUGCGACUACGAUCUUCUGGGGAUCGGCAUGAAAUCCGCCAGCAAUACCUUCCUGCUCUGUGGAACAAAUUGGUACGACCGUUACAAGUCCAUGGCAAAGACGCGGUUGAAGAAGUCAUAGAUUUGAUGGACAGUUACUUCCUCACACGCGAGGACUGGGAUUCCAUCGUCGAACUUGGCCUCGCCUCAAUGGAUGAAAAGAAAUUAAACAUCGACUCACAAACGAAAGCCACUUUCACACGCCUAUAUAAUCAACAAUCGCAUCCUCUCCCAUUUAUGAAAGCCACAAGCGUUGUCGCGCCGAAGCACCUUGCCAAGGUGAAGCCUGACCUUGAAGAUGCCAUUGAUGAGUCGGACGAAGGCGAGGAGAUUUUGGGCGAAGAAGAAACUAAAGGCGAUGAGAGCGACCUCGACCUGAAAAAGGAUAAAUAUGUGAAACUGCCGAAGAAAACCCCAGCGAGGAAAGGAAAGGCUGCUACAAAGCCACAGGCGAAGAAGACCAAGAAGAACGUUGUUGACGACGAUGAUGAGGAUGACGAAGAGGAUGUUAAGCCGAAGAAGGGCGCACGGAAAGCUCGAAAGCCCAGAGGGAAAGCGUAGGUCAUGGGCUGGACUGACGCUUCUCUUUUUUGGUGCAAAACGUACAGGGGUCUGGGUAAACCCUUUUGUAUAGUUCGCUUACAUUAGUUGAGUUUUGAUAAUUAUAAAGUCAUCCGCACACUAUUUUGCAAGUAUUUUCGACUGAGGAUACCUUAUGUGUCUGUGUCCAUGCGUCAUUCUGUUAUAUUAGUCUUCUGGACUUAGUAAUCGCUACGGAUUCAGAUAUUUCAAUCAGCGUCUAUUGAUCAAUUGAAACUUCAAAACCUCCUUUCCGAACCAUGUAUUAUUACUGCUGAAACAAGGAUAUAAAAACUAAAAUACAGGCUCCAUAUAGGAUUUGAAUGCCUAUAUUCGAGUAUCAAACUCCUAUCUUUAGUGAGAUAAUACUAGUUAAAUAACCCAAACAACGAAAAUAAGCCAACAGUUUAGUCAUAUCUACGUACCAAAAGUAUGGUGAAUAUAAAGGUAUCAAACAAAAUAGACAUAGAGAACCCCAAACAUAAAAUCGUGCGCCA